GAGAGAGGGAGAGAGUGUGCCGGGCCAUGCCCACCUCUGCUCAUGGUCCAACAGCAUGAAAGGGGGCCACCAUCACCAUCGCCACCACCGAGGCUGUGGCUGCCAACACUUGUUCCGUAAAGUCCUGGCCAAGUGUGGCUGCUGCUAUGCCAGAGUCAGAGACUCAUAUUCGGCAGCAGGCAGCGAAGGCAGCAUCUCCACCUCUGUGGCGUCACUGCCCCCACAAGCAUCAGGCAGCUCGGCCCCCAGCUCCCCCGGCUCCAGGCGCUCCGUGAGCACCCUGAAGAAGUGGCUCACAAACCCUGUCCGCAAACUCAGUGCCGGAGCCACUGCCAAAGGGGAACGUCAAGUUCGUAAACUUGAGGGAAAGCCCCCACCUCUUCCGUCUCACAGCCACGAUCUGAGCAGCCCUCCAAGGCCUGACGAGCCCCUCACCAUCCUGCCAGUCACCCACAGAGAACUGGAGUGGAAAGAUGGCCUGGCAAGCCCUGAGGACCUGUCACCGGCUACUCUACAGUCACCCAGCUACAUAACCGAUUCGCUGAUUGGCUGCACAUCACUGCCUAACACCCAGGAUACUAGCACCAGUGUUCUGCCAGAUGACAGCGGCUCUGUCUUAAUGGACGAUACCUCCAGCCAAUGGUCAGCUGCGGCUGACACUGAGGAGGAGAGAAGGAGUGCCUUAGAGAAAAGCAUGUAUGUACUGAAGGAGCUGAUUGAGACAGAGAAGCACUAUGUAGUUGACCUGGGGUUCAUAGUGGAGGGCUAUAUGGCCACGAUGACCUCUAAAGGUAUGCCCGAGGACAUGAAGGGAAAAGACAAGAUUGUUUUUGGGAACAUUCACCAAAUAUUUGACUGGCAUAAAGACUACUUCCUGGGAGAGCUGGAGAAGUGUUUGGCAGAACCAGAGAGACUGGCUCAGCUCUUCAUUAAGCAUGAGAGGCGUCUACAUAUGUACGUUGUAUACUGUCAGAACAAACCCAAGUCAGAACACAUUGUUUCAGAGUACAUCGAAACUUAUUUUGAGGAGUUGCGGCAGCAGCUGGGCCACAGGCUGCAGCUCAACGACCUGCUCAUCAAACCUGUACAGAGGAUCAUGAAGUACCAGCUGCUGCUCAAGGACUUCCUGAAGUAUUACACCAAAGCUGGGAUGGACACCGAGGAGCUGGAGAAAGCAGUAGAAGUGAUGUGCUUUGUGCCAAAACGUUGCAAUGACAUGAUGAAUGUGGGCCGGCUACAAGGCUUCGAGGGUAAGAUCACAGCCCAGGGCAAACUGCUCCAGCAAGACACCUUCACUGUCACUGAGCAAGACAGUAGCUUCCUGUCCCGAGCAAAGGAAAGAAGGGUCUUCCUGUUUGAGCAGCUGGUCAUCUUCAGCGAGCCAAUCGACAGGAAAAAAGGCUUCUCCCUCCCUGGAUACAUCUUUAAAAACAGCAUCAAGGUGAGCUGCCUGGGGGUGGAGCCCAGUGUGGAAGGCGAUGACGCACGCUUUGUAGUGACAUCACGCAACCCAGACGGGAGUGUGGUGCGCUUCCAGUUGCUGGCCUCCUCCCCUGAAAUCUGCAGGGCCUGGGUCAACGAUGUGGUUCAGAUCUUGGAAAGCCAGCGCAACUUCCUCAAUGCCUUACAGUCACCUAUUGAGUACCAGCGACGAGAGAGCAAGUCCAAUAGUCUGGGUCGCUGCAUGCGACCUCCUCUGUCUGCAGCCAGUGCCCUGCGGCCCCACUCCUCUGCCUCUAUUGACCGUCAUAAGCUGCCGUCCCUUCACUCUUACAACACCUCCCUCCCCGCGCUCUACCUGCCCAGCCAAGGCCAGGGCCACGGACAGGGCGAGAUGUACUCUCUGAGAGAUCCCGCUGUGGUACAGCCGUGCCCUGCUGACUCCCACACUGUUUCCCCGUCACAUGUCCAACUGGCCUUCACUGAUCAGCCAAACUGUCAAGCUGUGUCAAAUGGGCUGUAUACACCUGCCACACAAAGUGCACAGCAGAGAGCAGGAGAGGGCUGCCGCAGGGGUCAGGCUGCUGAUUCUGGGAGCCAGGUUCCAGUGUCAGGUCCCUCAGCUGGACGACGCCCCAGCAACCUGCCUCAGCUAGAUGAGGAUGACCUAUGAACUCUGAUACUGGGUUAGGAGGACAACAGCUAACACCACAGCUGUGGAGACGAGAAGACUUGUCUACUGUCUUUUUAUGCCAGGCUGAACCCUUACCUGGUUCAGUGAUAAUUUCUGGAUAACAAUGAAGGAUCAUAAGAAGGAACAUAUAAAGGAUUAUGAAAUGACUUCGCUCCUGUUUUUAGAGAGCCAUUCAACUGGAGGUGGCUUGCCUUGGCCGUCCUCAAUAGCACCCAAUGGGAUGUUACUGGGUUCAAAGUGAAACGCUCAAUGGACACUCAUUGUUAUGACAAUUUCUGCUUUUUACCUUUUUGAGAGUUUGUAUUCCAUACUCUGCUCUCUUUUAAAGGGCAAGGGGACUUUGUUUGAAGACGAAAUAUCCAUUCCUAAUUGGGGCGGUCACUGGAGUUACGUGUGUGCUUGUGUGUGUGUCUGUUUAUGCAGCUAUGUAUGGAUGUGUUUGAGUGCAUGAGAGUGUGCAAGGAGUAGCAUUGACUCUUCUUGCACUCUCUGGUAAAUUUCCUUAAAUUUUAUUUUCUUCUGAUGCCCCAUUGUGAAGACAAAUAUAGCUACAUGAAUAUGUUUUGUCAUUCCCCUGCUGACAACUGAGUUAGCUGUUUAUAUAGACAAGAACGGGAAAUGAAACACUUGAUGUGAACAUGCUACAAGGACUUUACUCACUCGAAUUUCAACUGAAAGUGAAGAACUUUCUUUCUUGCCACAGUGUUGAGAGCCUCUGUUUGCUCUCUUAUUCUGUUUGACGGGCCCUCAUUUGAUCUGGACAAAAAAGGUGUGAGGGAGCCCCCUGGAGGUUCUCUCUAUGUAUGACGUCACUUCAGAAUACUUUUUGCUCUUUGGGCAACUCCAGAGGAUUUGCUGGAUACGUGCAUUCAACGGGACUGCUGUGCUGACCCAAAGUGUUGCAUGCAACAUCUCUGGUGGCUGACUGGUGCACUGCUUCUUUACACAGAUCUUUCUUUCCCAGCCGAAGUGGGUCGCUUGUGGUUUUGGGGACUCAGGUCCUUAAAAGUGCAUUGGUUUAAACUAAUAUGAAUAGUUUUGUUAGUCCACUGGUGUCAUGUCAAGACUGUGCACCACUAUAAUCUCUGUUAACUUUUGCCCUCAUGGACUUAAUACUGUACAGUGCAUACCAUGACAGGAUUUCCUUGCAUAAGAUAAAGAAUGACCCAGGCAUGCUGUGACAGGUUACUGUUUCAUUUGGUGAAAAUGAAGGAAAAUAUUUUACUGGUUAAACAGAAUAAGAAUGGUGAAUCUGCAUGCCCCCUCUUCCUCAGACAACAGUGCCAAAAACAGCAGCUCGCCACUCAGAUGUUUCAUGCUUUUACUACGUUGUUUCAGUUUGCCACUAGUCUUACGAAACAAUCAUAGAUAUCUGUGUUACUAUCUGGAUUGUAACGCCUAAAGUGACAAAUAGAGGAGAGCGGAUAGGAUGAGGUUGACUAUCCUGUCAGUAUCAGGUCAGUUCUUCUUUUUGGCCAGUAGAGGGCCGCACAAAGCUUUUACUUCCAGUUAAGUUGGACCAUGCAGCUGCACCAAAGAUCAAUAGGCCUCACAUUUUAGAGCUCACGAUGAAGCAAGAGCUGCUUAACUAAAUUCCAUAAAGUUUACUGAAUAGUGAGGUGUCAGAUAAGUGGAACCUUCUCUCAAAAAUUAAUUUGCAGUUAAUGUGAACUGGUCUGUUUUCAUGGGAAUUACCGAUUAGACAGUUUUGCAUGUAACACAAAGGAAUACCACUACAGAGAAACAAAUUAAAAGACAUAUAGACCAAGAGAGGGUUGGUUAAUGCCAUGUUUGACUGAGUCAAAACUGUUGUAUCAUAUCAAAUAAAAAGUGUCUUUAUGA